AGCACGCGCACGGCCAUGUCGACGUCCCCUCCGCCGAUGCGCGACCGCGUCGCCGCCUACAUCACCACCCUCCAAGACAAGAUCGUCUCCGCCCUCGAGCACCUCGACCCCGCCGCCCCGCCCUUCCUCCGCGACGCCUGGCAGCGCCCCGAGGGCGGCCACGGCAUCUCUUGCGUCUUCCAGGUCCCCUACCCCACCGACCCCGCCGCACCCCCUCCCACCACGCUCCUCGAAAAGGCCGGCGUGAAUGUGUCCGUGAUCCAUGGCUCUCUGCCGCCCGCCGCGAUCAAGCAGAUGCGCGCGGACCAUGCGUCGGUGCCGUACGACCCCGACUCGACCGCCUCCCUCCCCUUCUUCGCAGCCGGCAUCUCCCUCAUCAUCCACCCCCGCAGCGCCCACGCCCCCACCGUGCACGCCAACUACCGAUACUUUGAGAUCACAGACAAGCCCACCACCGCCAACACCAGUACCGACGCCGACGCCGACGCCCCGCCGAAGGUGCUCGCCUGGUGGUUCGGCGGCGGGUCGGACCUGACGCCGUCGUACCUGUACGACGCGGACGCGGCGCACUUCCACGCGACACUCAAGCAAGCGUGCGACGCGCACGGCGCCGCGCUCUACCCCGCCUUCAAGCGCUGGUGCGACGAGUACUUCUACCUCCCGCACCGCGGCGAGACGCGCGGCGUCGGCGGGCUCUUCUUCGACGACCUCACCGACGCGCCGCACAAGCGCCUCCCAGACCCUACCGAUCCCGCGCCCCCCGCCAAGCCCGACACGAGGGCGCAGCGCCCGUUCUCGCAAGAGGCGAUCUUCGCGUUCGUGCGCAGCGCCGGCGACGCGCUGAUCCCGUCGUACCUCCCGCUGCUCGAGCGCCGCGCCCGCGCACCGACGUCCGCGGCCGAGCGCCGCUGGCAGCUGCUGCGCCGCGGGCGGUACGUCGAGUUCAACCUCGUGUACGACCGCGGGACCAAGUUCGGGCUGAUGACGCCCGGCGCGCGCAUCGAGAGCAUCCUCGUGAGCCUCCCCGAGGUCGCGCGAUGGGAGUACCGCACGGAGGUGGGCGAGCUCGAGGGGAGCGAGGAGGCGCGCCUGAUGGGGGUGCUGAAGAAGCCGAAGGAGUGGGCGUACGCGAGGGCGGAUGCGUAUGUGUUAUAAAAUGGGCGCCUGCUUCGUUGUGAUCUGCUGUACGAUACGAUGAACAAAUCAAAAUCUUAUCUUAUCUU